AUGGAGCAAAGGGUGGUCGGAGUGCUCGGCGCGGGCCAGCUCGGCCGCAUGUUCGUCGAGGCGGCUGCGCGACUCAACGUGCAGGUGCGUCUGCUCGACGUGGGCGACACGGCUCCAGCCAAGCAGAUCAACUACCUGCCCGGGCCGGACUGCAAGUCGCAGCACAUCGACGGCAGCUUUGCCGACCCGGAAAAGAUCCGCGAGCUCGCAUCGCAGGUGGACGUGCUCACCAUCGAGAUCGAGCACGUCGACGCCACGCAGCUCCAAAAGGUGCUCGAUGACAAGCUCGUCGAUGCGGUGCACCCGCUUCCGUCCACUAUCGCUCUCAUCCAGGACAAGUACCUCCAGAAGGUCCACCUCGCCGCCAAGGGCCUCCCGCUCGCAGAGUACCUGGCUGUGGGCCCCGAGGACAUGUCCAAGGCCACCGAUGCCUCGCAAGCACGCGCAGCGCAGAUCGAGGCGGUGAGCGAGAUCGGAAAGGUGUUUGGAUUCCCGCUCAUGCUCAAGUCGAGGACGCAGGCGUACGACGGCAAGGGCAACUACGUGGUCAAGUCGGCCGACCAGGCUGCCGAGGCGGUGGCGGCGCUGGGCGACGGCAAGCGCGGGCUGUACGCCGAAAAGUGGGCGCCGUUCGAGCGCGAGGUGGCGGUGAUGGUGGUGCGCAGCGCGACGGGCGAGGUUCGCGCCUACCCUGCGGUCGAGACGGUGCACAAGAACAGCAUCUGCCACACGGUGUUUGCGCCGCUGCGCACCGCCGAUCCGGGCGUCGAGGCGCGCGCGCGCCAGAUCGCCGAGCAGGCCGUGGCCACGUUCGGUGGUGCGGGUGUGUUUGGCGUGGAGAUGUUCCUGAUGCCCAACGGCGAGCUGCUCAUCAACGAGAUCGCGCCGCGUCCUCACAACUCGGGCCACUACACCAUCGAGGCGGCGGACACGAGCCAGUACGAGAACCACGUGCGUGCCAUCCUCGGACUGCCGCUCGGCAGCACCGCUCUCAAGGUGCCCUCGGCCGCCAUGAUCAACAUCCUCGGCCUCGCCGAUCUGGACAAGGACCCGGAGGCGGUGGCCAAGACGCUCGUCCCGGGCGUCGUGAGCCUCGACGUGCCGGGCACCACCUGUCACCUGUACGGCAAGACGGGCUGCCGCAAAGGCAGGAAGAUGGGCCACAUUACGAUUGUGGGCCAGAGCGACGCCGAGGUGCGCUCGCGCCUGCGUGUCGUCGAGGAAGGGCUGGACCGCGCUACGCAGCUGGCCGAGGAGGGCGGCAAGCUGCCUGCCGAGCUGACGCUGCCCGGCGUCGUGGCGCAGAAUGCGUCGGCAUCGUCGUCGGCAUCCAAGACCGGCUCCGUUUCGGCCAAGUCGGCGCAGGACUUUUCGCACCCGCAGCCGCUGGUGGGCGUCAUCAUGGGAUCGGACAGCGACUUGCCGGUGAUGAUGGCGGCGGCCGAGAUCCUCAAGAAGUUUGACGUGCCUUUCGAGCUGACGAUUGUGAGUGCGCAUCGCACGCCGGACCGCAUGCGCACCUACGCUCGCAGUGCGGCGGCGCGUGGACUGCGAGCGAUCAUCGCAGGUGCGGGUGGCGCAGCGCAUCUGCCCGGCAUGGUGGCGGCGCAGACGGCUUUGCCCGUGAUCGGCGUGCCGGUCAAGGGGAGCACGCUCGACGGCGUCGACUCGCUGCACAGCAUCGUGCAGAUGCCGCGCGGCAUCCCCGUGGCCACCGUGGCGAUCAACAACAGCACCAACGCCGCACUCCUCGCCGUGCGCAUCCUCGCCGCCGCCGACCCCACCUACCUCGACAAGAUGCAGAACUACAUGCACCAGAUGGAGGAAGAGGUCAACGGAAAGAUCGACCGCCUCGCCACCGAGGCCUGGGACUACACUGUCAAGAAGUAG